AUGAGUUUCAGAGGUGGUAAUAGAGGUGGCCGUGGUGGAUUCGGCGGCGGUCGUGGUGGAUUCGGAGGUGGUCGUGGCGGAUUUGGAAGACCAGUCCAGCAAGGACCACCAGAUCAGGUUUUGGAGAUGGGAAGUUUCAUGCAUCCUUGUGAAGACGAAAUCGUAUGUCGCUCGAUCAAUACCAAAAUUCCAUAUUUCAACGCACCAAUCUAUUUGGAAAAUAAGACCCAAGUUGGUAAGGUAGACGAGAUUCUGGGGCCUUUAAACGAAGUGUUUUUCACAAUCAAAUGUUCUGAAGGUGUUCAAGCCUCGAGCUUCAAAGAUGGUGACAAGUUCUACAUUGCUCCAGACAAGCUGCUGCCCAUCGAAAGGUUUUUGCCAAAGCCAAAGGUUGCUGGCCCACCAAAACCAAAGAAGAAGAGAGCACCAGGUGCCCCAGGUGGCCGUGGUGGAUUCGGUGGUCGUGGUGGUAGUCGCGGUGGCUUCGGCGGUGGACGUGGUGGUUCCCGUGGAGGUUUCGGGGGUGACCGUGGUGGCUCCCGUGGAGGUUUCGGCGGUGGACGUGGUGGCUCCCGUGGUGGUUUCGGCGGUGGACGUGGUGGUUUCGAUGGCGGUCGUGGCGGUAGUCGUGGCGGUUUUGGCGGUGGCCGUGGUGGCUCCCGCGGUGGCUUCAGUCGUGGCGGUGGUCGCGGAGGAAGAUUUUGA